AUGCCUAGAAAUAAAGUGAAAUUAGCUUUGAUUGAAAAUGAAUAUGAUAGAAAAGUCUCACACAAGAAAAGAGAAAAAGGGUUCUUGAAAAAAGCUCAUGAACUCAGCAUUCUUUGUGAUGUUGAAAUUGCUGCCGUUAUUGAUAGUCCUUACAACAAUGAACCUACAGUGUUUCCAAAUUAUGAUGCUGCAAUCAACACCUUUGUAAAGUUUAAGGAGUUGCCAACGUUGGAGAAAUCAAAAAAUAUGGUGACAAGAGAAGAGUUCACCAAGAAACGAAUCGAGAAGAUGGAGGAAAAACUACUAAAGGUAAGGAAGCAAAAUAGGCUCAAGGAAAUUACAAAUGAGAUGUAUGAAGUUACAAGAGGAAAAGAUAUUUCCCCCAACAUGGAUCCUUACGACUUCAAUGAUCUGAGUUAUAUGAUCAAGAAAAACCUUCUACAGAUACGUGAAGCAAUGAAUGGUGAAGAAGUUUGUACAUCAAAUGUCCCUCAACCCAUUGUUGAACCGAUAAUAAUUGGUGGGACCAACUCUGAGGGGUCAAGGGCUACACUAUUGGCCACUGCUUGUUCUUUACUACCGAUGAUUCCUCUAGAGUCUCCAUCGAUGGUUCCUAGUGGAACCAACUUUGAGAAGACGAGGCCUCCUCUAUUUGUCCCUAAUGUGGCUCCACCAAUAGUUCCAUUAUCUGCUUCUCCCAAAGUAACCCAACAAAUGGUUUAUCUAGCAGAUCCUUCAAGGACUCCUAUUCAAAUGGUUCCUCUUAUGGACACCUCGCAGGUUAAUCCUUCUCCUUUAUUUUCUUUACAAAUAUUUCCUCCAAUGGCUCCACACUUAUUUUCUACAAUACCUCAACAAAUGGCUAUUAGAAGAACUCCUGGAAUGGCCUUCUCAAUGCCUUCAGCAACAAUGUCUUCUCUUAUGCCUUCACCAAUGAUAGCUCCUCCAGUGUGUUCUCCACUGACAUCGCAAAUGGAUCCUUCAACUGAUCUCCCCCCAAUGGGUGCAUCAAUGCUAAUUAAUAACCACCAAAACUACACAGCUAACAGUCCACAGAGUCCUCCAUUGUCUGAGUUACUAAAUUGGAAUAAUGAUGAUGUAGUGACUUUAUUGGAGGACCCAUCAUUACACAACAUUAAUGUUUAA